CAAAGAUAGCACUGCUGCCAUCUGAUGACGGCCAUUAUCAGUGAAUGAUGUUGUUAUUGUUGUUAAUUGAUGAACACAUGGUGUUGUGAACCAAUAUGAUCAUGAUCGACAACAUUGACCAAUUACCGCCAUAUUACCCGGGCAUCCACGGAUGUCGAAGCGUAGAAGAAUUCCAUUGUAUUAACCGCGUUGAAGAAGGUACCUAUGGCGUUGUGUAUCGUGCCAAAGAUAAACGAACAGGUGAAACGGUCGCUUUGAAACGGCUCAAGAUGGAAAAGGAAAAAGAAGGAUUUCCCAUCACAUCGUUGCGGGAAAUCAGCAGUCUGUUAAAGGUGAAACACGAAAACAUUGUCACCGUUCGUGAGAUUGUCGUCGGCAGCAACAUGGACAAAAUCUAUCUGGUCAUGGACUUUGUGGAACACGAUCUCAAAAGUCUGAUGGAGACGAUGAAAAAGCCUUUUCUGUUGGGCGAAGUUAAAACGCUCAUGUUGCAAUUGUUGCGAGCUGUGGCACAUCUUCACGACAAUUGGAUUCUUCACCGUGAUCUCAAGACUUCGAAUCUGUUGCUCAGUCACAAAGGUGUUCUCAAGAUUGGCGAUUUCGGCUUGGCUCGCGAAUAUGGCUCGCCUUUGAAAGAAUACACUUCGAUUGUAGUCACUUUGUGGUAUCGAGCUCCAGAAUUGCUGCUGCAAGCACCACAGUAUUCCUUUCCGAUUGACAACUGGUCAGUUGGCUGCAUAUUUGGCGAAUUUGUCACCAUGCGACCGUUAUUCCAGGGCAAGUCUGAAAUCGAUCAACUCAACAUCAUUUUCAAAGAGUUGGGCACUCCCAACGAAAAGAUAUGGCCCGGUUAUUCUGAAUUAGCAUUGGUGAAAAAAAUGACGUUCAUCGAAUUUCCAUACAAUAGCCUGCAUAACCGAAUCGGACAUAAAUUGGGCAAAUCUGGCUUCGAUCUCAUUAACCGUUUCCUCACCUAUUGUCCGGAACGUCGUAUCACCGCCGACGAAGCUUUACGACAUGAGUUCUUCACAGAAUCACCAUUGCCUGUUGAUCCGGCAAUGUUUCCCACUUGGCCAGCUAAAUCGGAAGGCUGUCAACAUCAUCGUAAAGCACAAAGUCCAAAAGCACCCAGUGGUGGAAAACAAUUCCAACGCAACCAACUAGACGCAGAUGAAGAUCGACUGAUACCCAAUAGCAAGUCAUCGAACAAGGUGGUGGAUCAGCCCCAAUCAUCAGGAUUCCAUAUGAACGUUCCAAGUUCGAAAAAAGGAUUCAACAUUCGAUUCUGAAUAAAGCGCCAUCUCUUGAAUUCCAAAAAUAACAUUGCUGCUAUUGUUCGAUGAGCUCAAUAUGUCAUUAACUUUUUUUUUUCAUUACAACACAAGAGCAAGUUGUCGUUAUCGUUGUUGUUGUUGUUGUUGGUUCACUUGUUGUUCGUGUUUCGUGUGUAUAUUGUCUAAUUGAUUUGAUUGAUUAUUUAAUACUUAAUACUUGACCAAAAUUAAUCCACCAAACGGACAUAAAUGGAUUCAAGUCUGUUUGGCAAAAAAUCAAA